AUGAGAUCUCAGCCAACAAACCCGCUCUACAGAACGACGAACCAGACUUACGGCAACCAGCAGCCAACUGUUCAUGAAAUGCCGACCAGUUACUUUACAGUAUCUCAGAAACUUUCUGAACAUUUAAGUAAAUGUGGGAUGUACAAGGACCACGGAUUUAAUGUGGGCACGGAGAAAUCGCUGGUCACUGGACCAGAAAACCUGAUCACAUUCCAGGAUCGGCUGAACUUUCAUCGCUCCUAUUUCUCCGCCGGUCCUUCCUACACAGAUUAGGCAAGGCCCUGUGUCCACGCAAACUCCAAACUCAAAGAUAUUGCUGCAGUGUCCAAAACACUGCCAACCCUCUGUGGAACAUGUCAUUCAUUGUAUUAAAAAGAUU